AUGAGACGUCGUUGGGUCUGGACGUGCAUUGAGCAGCACCACGUUGCGGCCGCGUUCUUUGAUGCGAACAAACUUGUGGCCAUGGGAGACGGUGAUGAUGGGGAUGAUGCUGGAGCUAGAGCUCGCACUAGAGCUAGUGCUGGAGAUGGUGCUGCUAUCGACGGGCACGACGUGCUGCUGUUUGCAGUCGCGUGCUACUGGAAUCGAGCGUUUCAUCGCGCGAUUUACGCAGUAAGGGAGCCAGCUUGGGCGUUGGGAAAGUGUGGGCCGGCGAUCAGACAGAAAGACGAGUGCUUGGAUUCUUUGAAAGCAGGGAUGCCUAUAGUGGAGCAGGACGAUGUACGACUGGACAAGAACAUGCAGCCGGCUGGUACUGCUGCGGACGAAGCACAUGGAUUGAAUGUGGUGGCGUCGCUGGCACUUUUGAUGUUGCUGGAGCGUCUAAAGCGGACGCACAUUGGAAAACACAGUCCAGUACAGUCUAUCGGCGAUAAAUUUGCCACGGAGGAGCAACAGUUUGAGCUUGUGGGGAAUGCACACUCGUACGCGGUCAUUGAUCUCCCGUUGGCAAAGUGA